ACGACGUCGACGCGAGAGCUUCUUCAUUUGCGUCUUCAUAUUCGUAGACCGAUACUGUUCUUUGUCUCGUCAAGACGCUUUUUCUCUUCGACUUCCUAAAAAAUAAAUGUACCACUUCCGCCUCUCACUCUUCCAUAGUAGAUUGAUUCUAGGUACAACAUCGCAGAUCCAUAAUUGUCAAUUUUUUGCAGAGGCACGUCUGAAGGUGUGACACCCGCCGUUUUCGUAGGGUAAAAAUGAAAUUAGUGCAAUAGAAUAGGGGCGGUGGCGGAAAUAAGAAGUAUUUCCAUCUUCUACUUUUUCUUACAGAAAGCGUCUUGAUGUUGAUUCUCAAGCCAACACUAGGGAUGAUAAAAAUGCAAGGCCUGCCUCUCUGUGAAAAGAGCAAAGGGCGCCCAUUUCUUUCUGAUGAUGGUGACGCAUUUUGCAGUGAGAAGCUUUUCCUCUUCCUAUAGUUUGGAUAGAUGGGUCGGAGAGGUUGUUGCGAAUCUCUAUCAAGUCCAUCCUCGUCCACUAUGAGCAUUGUUGUUUAGUACUCAGCCAGAGUAUAAUGACUCUUCAACCAUAUCAAGAUGCUGCAAGUUGCCAGAUACGAGGUCCAAAAUUAUACUCUUUAAGACUGCUACGGUGCGAAGAUAUUCUACACAUGAAGUAGAUCCGCAUUCGUAUAUCGUACCGUCUGGGACUCUCUUUUUGUAGCUGAAGAAUCAAAAUGCAAUCUCUCGCGGAACUCACUAGCUAGCCCUGCUCGCUGUGAAAAGAAGAUCAUACUCCCACAGCAUCAGGAUUAAAUACAUCGUCCCCCACGCACGGAGGUUUCGCUAACAGUCGCAAACAACUGGCCGACUGGUGAGCAAAAAAUCAUGACAACUCUAGCUCCACCUCCUACACGACCUCCUUCAGGAGGCACUAUCGCUACCACUGCUCCUUCAGGAGGCACAACAACUACAACAUCUUCGCUGCCAAAAUCUGAAGAGCACAAAAAUAAUGUCGACCGCCGUGAUGUUGGCGCUCGGUCGUUCUCCUCUCCUGCUACGUCGCCUGCUACGUCGUCCUCCAAAGCCGUCUCCUCAUCGACUACCCAAGCUGCUGCAGAAGGUGGGAGCGAUGCUGCGCUACUAAGUCACGGUGGCGGAAUAUCUAGGGCACUACCUCAGUCGGGAUCCUCAGCCGCAGACAAUUCUCAGCGAACUGGUGCAGAAACUCAGGAGAGUGCGACACUUCGACAGGAAAACGCGAGACUGAAGGACCAAGUAGCACACCUAAAAGCAGAGUUACAAGCAGAAAAGCAGAGAGGUUUAUUUAUUUGAUUAAUGACAGACUCCUCGGGUCUUAGUAAUGGUGUAGCGUCAUCAUGUAUUAAGGUCUGCCAUCGUAGUGCCGUAGAUUUCAACCAGCCUUGUUUUCAUCAGCUAUCCGAUUUCAAUUAUCAUCAUAAUUGCUGGCGCUUAAUUAUACAUAGAUACUUGUCCAGGUAGAAGUAUGGUUAUGGGUUCAUCCUCUUGAUUUCAAUACAUCUACGUGCAGCAUUGGUGAGCGAUUUCAUAGACGACGCAGGUGGGGAUGCACCUUUAGACGCACUAAGAAUACAGCUACAGCGACGAGCUGCGGAUCUAGUGCAUAGAGAAUGCGCAGUAGAGACUCGGGAGCAACGGCUAAGAGCGGGGUGUGAUUAUGGACUCACUUUUGAUUGUUGCUCUUCUUGAUCCUAGCGUAUUAGUAAUUGGCGUGGCUUAGUAACAGAAUGCUACGAGGCGUAGCGUGCUCAAGUAUCUAUGCAGAUUAAAGGUGAACUUAACUCGUUUUGGCCUAAUAUUCCAUUGCAUUUCCAGAGGCUGAAGGGGUUAGGACACAGUAUAAAACCAGUAUUCCUAGUCGUGUUCAGUCUGUAUUGUAAGCAUCUGCAGACACGACCUUCCUAGUUUGUUGAGAGUGAUGAUGAAGCUUCGAGAUUCGUUUCUUGCAGGAAUUGAGCUCCUCAGAAAAUGAAUUCGAAUUAAAUGGGAUAAAGUCAGAAAUUCUUAGGAUUAGAGGGCUCCAAUUCAAAUGGUGACAUCUUUUAGAUGGCUAAAAGAUGUAAAGCAGUGCUUUCUUAGCAUAUUUCGGCACUGAACUGCAUGCAUCUAGCUGCAUUCGUGUCAGAAACUUAGCAUGUAGUUGUAGGACGUUACUACUCUGAUGAGAAUCAUGAUGAAGCUUCAAGAUUCAUUUCUUGGAGCACGUCAGGAAAUGAAUUCGAAUUAAAUGGGAUAAAGUCAGAAAUUCUUAGGAUUAGAGGAAUCCAAUUCAAAUGGUGGCAUCUUUUCGAUGGCUAAAAGAUGUAAAGCAGUGCCUUCUUAGCAUAUUUUGGCACUAAACUGCAUAAGUCUAGCUCUAUUCUUGUUAGAGCGUCAGCAUGUGGUUGUAGGACAUUACGACUUUGAUGAGGAUCAUGAUGAAGCUUCAAGGUUCACUUCUUGCAGAAAUUGAGCUCCUCAGGAAAUGAAUUCGAAUUAAAUGGAAUAAAGUCAGAAAUUCUUGGAUUUGGUGACUUCAAACCCACACUGCACUAGUGCUUUUUCAGUGGGUGGCUUCAAAUUAACACUGCACUAGUGCUUUCUCAGUGGGUGGCUUCAAAUUCACACUGCAGUAGUGCUUUUUCAGUGGCUGAAGGACGAGAUCACGAUGAUGCUCCAGCAAGCCCUCUAAGCAUUGGUCUGCCCGCCAUUUCGAUUUAUUCUUUCAGCCCCCUGAGUGGAUAAGUAAGCUAGGACUCCCAGUUGUGCUACUACUUUUAGACGGCUACUAAUCUAGUACCUUUUUAAAGAUUCAAGAUUGUCCGGAGGCGUCUAAUUUCGCACUGCCACAUCGAGGUCGCCUGAGGUAGAAGCGGCGUCGAACUCUCCAGAAUUGAUACCAUUAAGGAUACUGUCAGUCGUAGUAGUACUAGGGUUUCAGUAUACCUCACUAUCUAUUCCAUCUUCUUGGAGUAUUUGUUUCCUGAGUAGAUUCAUUCUCCUCUGACCUCAUGGGGCAUUCAGCUGUAGAGGCAUUUACUCAGCUCAGAAUAGUGAGAAAGUAGAGGAGGCGACGCGGACGUCCUUCGUAUUUUAGAAUAGUGUGGCAUCAUCUCUACCAACAGCUGAUCCGGCGCUCAAAGCGCAGGGCUGAAGCAGGAGCCCAUCUAAUUCUAAUUCUAACAGCGUACUAUCUCGGGUAUCAUCUCUACAUUGUGGACUACAGUAGUAAUACCUACGCACAAGCUACUAGUUGUAUAAAGUAGGUUAAAAUCUAGACACUCUAAUCCCAGACCCAGGAGACGACUCCCGAGUAGACGAGAAUGAUAAGAUUCGACGGAAAUUGCUAGCAGCUGAGAAGAAACUCCAAGAGUUAGAGAAUGGAGCGAAAGCGGAGAUCGAGGCAUUGCAGUUCUGGGAAGUGGUACACGAGAAGGGUGUCGCAUACAGACACGAAUGCGGAAACUUGGACGCUAGAGUGCUCACGAGACUGGUAUACGAGGAUGGUUGGAAGUUUGGUAGAGUGCUCAUGAGGCUGGUAUCUCUACGAGCAUGCGUAGGUGGUGGGUCUGUUUAUUUCAUUAGAGUCUCAAUGUUUGAAUUCAAAACUGGACAAACGGAUCACCCAUCUGAGUACAACGACUAAUCGUUUUCCUAAAUAGAAUUGCUACGAGAUUAGAUACAAUAAAGAGUAGAAGAGAGAAAUUGUCCGAAGAAUCCUGCGCAAAGCACAUGAGAAACAGGGCCCUCGCUAUCAAGAGGUAGUGGCUUGCUGUGCGUACCGGAAUGGUUGGGUCCGGACACCGGAUGGAUAUUGGCUUCCAGUGGAGGUUAACGGCAGGCGAGUCUUAGACGCCUUUACUGAGCCACAUCAUUAAGAUUCCAGCUACUCCAUCUCUUUUAUUAUCGGGACGGUAGCGAUAUUCUUGAUGAGGGGCCAAAUCCGAAUCGACUACCGUCUGUCACCGUCGUCGAUAGAGGGAUCCACCACACAUAGCUGGGCUAUCAUUGGGGUAGCCAGCUCUAACACCAGCGAUCUGGCAGUGAACAGGGACUCUUCCGCGAGUUAUGGAGCAGCCUGAAGCAAAAUUGGAGAGACACCGUGGAUCACUUCCCAGAAGCUCGAGAUGUAGAGGAGGAUGAAAUGGAGGGAAGAGCUUAAAGACGCAGUAGAGGAGAAGGACACUCGGGAGAGAAGGACGCUCGGGAAAGAGCUUGAUUACAAAUAAUACGUGAACACGAUAUGACUGGGAGGCCCUUUGGAAACGUAGUUGACACUUUCCAUUUGACUCUUAAAAAAUCACAAGACAGCACAACGACUACGACACUCCACUUAUUACAUCCAACCAUUGAACUCAUCGACAUCAAAGUACACGGACACGCGCCAUGGAUUUGCUCAGAACCUU